AGAAACGGCGCGCCACAUUUGCUCGACCCGCGAUCGCGAACGAGGAGUUGACAAAAACUUGAAAAAGUUAGUUCUUUUUGCAGAAAUAAAUCUCAGUUAAGGUUAGAUUAAUAAAUCAUGGCACCAAAGUCAAAGAAACAGAAAGGAAAGGGGAGUACCAAAUGUGAUAGGGAUCAGUGGGUGUGUAUUACUCCAGAAUCUUCACUUGAUAGUAUUGAUGGUUGCCCAGAUCCAACUUUUGUAAAGCUGAGGCACCCUAAGACAGAGAAUGGAGCGAUGUUUCUAUUCAGCAGUGACGGAACGGGUGUUUAUGAGGUGAUGAGAUUCAAACGAGACUUUGGAUCAUGGUUCAUUAAUGAUUCAGUCCAACAAGAUGGAUCAUUAGAAGUCAUAACUCCUGUUGACCCGGUAUUUUUAGCUCUGCCAUACUUGGUGAAAUCAAAUCAAGAGAGGAAUAAAUACAUGACCUUAGACCAGAUUGUCCUUGAUGAUGAUUACCCACAAUGCAUCAAGUUGCUGCAUUGCUCUGGCAUGUCCAACAUAGAAAGAGUAGCGGAGGUCAAAGGAAGUGGUGAUGUGAGAGCCUUCCGAUACGACAAAUCCAAGACACUGGAUUGGUUGAAGGACAAAGUGGAGCAGACAGCAGCACGCCUAGGACAGACAGAUAUACACGUCACAAGUGGAGCACAGUCAACAACGUUUGUACGUAGCAGCAAAGAGCAAGGUGCAACAGGAGAGGAUUACCAGAGAUAUGCUGCAGGCCUAGUCUCUGAUUACCUUUCUCCAGACCUGAGUAAACAACUGUUUCAACACAUAGGAAUUAAAGAGGUAUCUGAGAAAGUAGCCAAGGUGAUUGAGAAUGGUGCAGAACCUCCUAUGAAGAAAGCAAGAAUAUCCUCAGCUGCCAAAACAGAACCAGAGGAAGACUACUCCAAGGCAUUUACAGGAUCAAAUGAUACAAAGAAAGAAAAGAAUGGGAAGAUGACUGCGGCACAGAAGGCAUUGAGUAAAGUGGACAAGAAAGGAAUGAAGAGCAUCUCAAGUUUCUUCUCCCCAAAACUCAAGAAAUGAUAUCGUAUCGACAAUCUAUAAGCAAUUUUGUAAUAAAACUUGUGUUGUUUUGAUUGCCUAAAGUUUAGCAUUCUGUAUGCUCUGGGACUCUGAGGGUAGAUUUUAUGGUAUGAACAUAAUCCACACCCAUAUCCACUUGAGUCAACAAGGGGAUUGUCUAAAUCUCAGAUGGUCUUAUUCUCAGAUGAUGGAACUCCGUCAUGACUAACCCAACAUGUCAACCGGCAGAUGGUCUAAUCAUCAGAUGAUCUAACUUCACAAUGGCUUGAUUCAACCAUCACUUGGUCCUAUACUCGCUUGGUCUAGUUGUCAUUUAGUCCAAUGUCCAGCCGGUCUAAUUUCCAUGUCUGUAUUUUUUAUUUUGCACUUAGGAAUGAAAAUAUUGUUCACAAACAGUUCAUAUAAUCAUAUACAUUAUGGGGUGUUAGACCAAGUGGAUAUUCAACGAAAUGGAUAUUGCUUAAAGAGAAAUUAGAUGAAAUGCUGAAUGGGGUAAAUGGCAAUAAGACCAAUUCUUACAGUAGAUUUACUAGUUGUUGAUGGACUAGAAUAAGCUAUGUGGGAUGAGAUCAACCAGGAGUAGACAAAGUGGUUGUAGAACAAGUGUCAUUUUACCCGAGCACAAGGGUAAAUAUCUAUAUUUUCUCCGGGCUACUUUUUUUUUAUAGCUUACCAGCCCUAUUUUUCUACAUUGCAUUACAGUUUAUAGAAGACCCUAUGAGAAUUUUAGGGGCUCUUUAUUAGUUUUCUAUGUCUGUGUAGGGGAUUUUAGGGGCGAAUUCGCCCCCAAGCCCUCGUGUAUUUUCCCUCCUGCUGAGCAUGUACCUGCCAGAGUCCCUAUGUAUUGUACAAGAUUUCAGUAUAACAUAUUUUCAAUACACCCAAAUCUCAAUUCAGCAACAGCAAAAAAAAAUAAUUUUCAAUAUUUGUUAUAUUGUGUCUUUGGUUUUGAAAUGUUAUCAUUUGUCCCUAUUCUUAACAUUAGUUGAAAAUUAUAGCAGUCUCGCUAUUCGAAUUCCUUUGGUAGAGUGAUAUUGUGAAACAUAUCCAUAAGGAAAUACAAAACUCUGGUCUGUUUAACUGGUCAUUAUUCAGUACUAACAAUUAUUAGUUUAUAGACCUCAGAACUGUAAACUAUAUGUCUACUGAUAUGUAUACAUAUAUUAAAGCCAGAUUACUAAGACUUAUAGGAAUUUCAGUUGAUUGAUGAAGUAGGUAGUAAUUUCAUACAUACCAUUCAGCAACCAUUAUACAAAUAGUGAAUAGGCAUGAGUGCGAUGGUGCGAUAUUUCGCAUGAGGUGAAAGAAAGAUGCUCUAUUGAACGAGGCAUUCAGCAACCAUUAUACAAAUAGUGAAUAGGCAUGAGUGCAAUGGUGCGAUAUUUCGCAUGAGGUGAAAGAAAGAUGCUCUAUUGAACGAGGCGUUAGCCGAGUUGAAUACAGCGUCUCUUUCACCGAAUGCGAAAUCUCGCACCAUUGCAUGAAAAAGAAUAUUCCCUAUUUGUGUUGUACAACGCCUCGGAAUUUAGCAAAAAUAUGGGGAAAAAAGAGUUUUUCCCUGUAAUAAUCUAUGAAAAGGGAGCAAAAUACUGAAAGCGAAAAGCAAAAUCCCACAAGCGCACAUGACCUUGGGCAGCAUUGCGCAUUUAGCCAGCAGGCUUGUACGCGUAUUGCACCUUCAUUUUUAAUGAGCACAAUGAAUUAAAUCGUACUGUGACGUCACCUCCUAAAGCCGCGCAACGGUACAUUUUGGAUGGUACGUCUUGUGUGCAACGGUACAAAUGUUUGACAUACAGUCUCCCAGUUGCUCGCGUACAAGAAGCUAAGGAGGCGUACAAUCUCAAUUACAACAUGGGUUGAAACUGAAAAUCUUAACCACUAUUUCAAGAUCAGCUUUCAAAAAAAAAUUUUCAAGUAGACUGACUACCAUAUGUUAUGACUGAGUUGUGUAUAAUUCAAUUCUGUGAAAGUAACCUUCCUGAUUUUCAUUCAUGAACGUAUGUAUAUUGAAUCUUAAUGGUUUUUGUUUUUCUGAAGUUUCUGAUGCUCUGAAGGUUUGUUAUUCUGAAACACCCAAAUUGCUCUUCCCAAGAUAUUUGUUAUUCUGACGUUUUUUUUUAUUCAUAAACAUAAUUUGUGAUUUUGAAGGUUUGUUAAAAAAGGAAUUUCUAUGGCUUUCUACAUUGUUGAUGCUCUGAAACGGAAAUUUAGGCCGAAAAUUGGGGUCUCAACUAACAUAUGUAUCAUACAUUUAUACUAAGUACCAUCCCUCCCCCCCCCCCCCCCCCGGGGGGGGGGGAGGG